GUGGGAUGAAAGUUCUUCCAAAGUCCCUACAACAAUCACUUAUUUCUCCACGGUUUGGGUCGCCCUAGCAGUUCAUACUCCAGGCUAGCACUUCAAUUUGGCACAAACGAGCUUGAAAAUACCAUGGCUGAAUCUCGGACACCAAUCUCCCACUCUCAACGCGUCGCACUUCGCCGAUAUUACAAGACAACUACUCCGAAGCCUACCCAGUCUGAUUUGAGAGCGUGGUUUAAGUCUCAAUUCGGCUACAAUAUCAGUCAGUCCAUCGUCAGUCGAAGUCUCAGCAAAAGCUUCGCUUAUCUGGAUGUUUGUGUCGCGUCAGACUCUGAAUAUCGAACACGAAAUUGCCAAUGGCCUUGGCUAGAGACUUUGCUCACAAACUGGCUCCAAGAAAUCGAGGCUAGAUCCGGUAAAGUUACAAACAAAGCCAUCGGACAUAAAGCCAAACAGCUAUGGGAUCAAUCAGACGAGUCGCAGGGUCUAGCAACACCAAAAUUUUCUCAUGGCUGGGUCAUCAAAUUCAGACGAAGACACGAGACGAGGCUUCAACCUCUCCUAAAACAGGAUGACACCAUCCUGGCACCAGCCUGUUCAUCGGGAGAAAGUUCCUUCUCAACGUCAGAUGGAAGCUGUGCGGACAUAACCAACAAAGCUUUAAUCUCAUUUUCCCCUCAAAGAGAGUCAUCAGCAACCAUCUCUUUAGCAAAUAGCGCUAGCCUCGCUACCGAGUUCAACGCAUCAGCGACACCUAAAAUAUCCUCUGAUCAUUUUAUUCACCUUAUUCAACACAAUUCUUAUCGGGCUUUUAUGUCUAAUAAAUCUCUGAUAUUUGCAUCGGCCCUCGUUCUCAAGGCAUCACCUCUGACAGCACCUAUCAAACAGUUUGCUACUAAAGUUUGUGGCGGCUUGACAGUCCUCCAGCCUCUUGAUGGCCAAUUCAUGCCCGAUUCGCUAUAUCCAACGCAAUUGCAAAUGAGCUGUGCCCAUACGGGUAUCAUAAAUAUGUUUCCUUUCCCUAAAUUUCGGAAUAACCUCAUUGAGAAAGGUGUGAAUUUCGUACCUGAAGACAUGUGUCGGGACCUUUUCGGUGAUAUUUUUCCAGAUUAUGUUACACCAACACCAGAUUCUGAUGAAUGUACAUUAGAAAUGCGUGACAUCUUAUCAGCACUGCCGUCAUCUGUAGGAAAUGAUUUUGAUAUCGACGAUUCCGAAGACCAGAAUGAUUACACAGCUGGACGUAAAUGUAUGAUCAACUGGGGUGAUCCAUGGAGAGUAGAAAGUUGGGAAGUCACGCCCGGGUUUUUAAGGAGAUGGAGCUGGGCGUUAGAAGGGUGUGAUGAUUUGAUCCAAUCAAGUAAUAGAUGGCGUGCACUAAGACAUGAGAGGCUGAUAAAGUGGAAUUCACAAACUAGAAGUUCGACUGUUAAAGUAUUUUAGAUAAGAAUCGGAAAGCAAUCUAUUUGGUCUAUUCCCUUACUGGUUGUCAAAUGCGA